GUUAUCUUUAGAGAAGCCAUCCGGGGUUCUCCUGAACCCCCUUUGCAGGUUGCUCUGUCUAAAUGAUUACGUCACAGGCACAGGAAUGGCGGCGUUGGCUGUAAGAGGAAGGAGCCCAAAGAUCCUGAAACUUUAUUUCUGACAUCACAUACAAGGAUUAAAACGUGGUUAUUUCAAAGAAACUAAAUGGUGUGACCAUAAAGAGAAGUGAGAAGGGAAGUGCACUUUUGCCUGCAGUUACACAUCACCGUGAAAAAAACGCGAGUUGGAUUUUGCGGCUGACUUUGAGGCUAGUUUUCCUAGCCCCUGGCUAACAAGCUAUUGCUAACUGGCUAACGUACCUUGCUAAUAUAACGUUACCAAAGCUGGAGGAAUUUCUAACGACUACACCUAACCAGCGAGACGUUUGCAAUCUAACGGUAACGUGGACCGAAUGGUUCAGGUAAAUAACGUUAUAUAAAUAGUUAUUGUUGGUCAUUUAGCCUCUCAAUUGGUCUCUGAAUGCUUGUAUAUACUGACAAAAAGGACAUAUUUCCAAUAGGUUAAGCUAUCCGUACGACGCCUUUAUUUGUCGCCCUUUUUCUGACCAACUCUAGCUAGCUGCGUCGGCUAGCUUGGAUUGGCUAGCAAGUUUAGCAAACGGGAGUUUGGAGCUAGCCCGGCGGGCUUGCUGGUUAGGUCUGUAUGCCACAAUGGAAAGUUUAACCCUGAGUGAUGUGGAGCAGAAGUAUUACUCAGAUUUGUUCAUCUACUGUGACACGGACAACACCAAAAAAGUGGCUUCCAAUGGCAAAGUUCUUGACCUUUUUCGGGCGGCCCAGUUACCCAGUGAUGUGGUUUUACAGAUCACAGAGCUGUGUGGCGCGACACGUCUAGGGCACUUUGGAAGGAGUCAGUUCUACAUUGCACUAAAGCUCAUCGCUAUAGCCCAGUCUGGACUGCCUUUGCGAGUGGAAAGCUUAAACACAGUCAAGGACUUGCCCUUGCCACGCUUUGUGAUGGGCAAGAACGAGCAGGAGACCAGGCACAUGGCCAUGUACCCAGACUCAGAGAACCAGGGGCCUUACUCCGGAGUCUUCCCCAGACCCCCAGGUCGAGGCCAGGCCAAGAAACUCCCCCUGGCCCACGAGGUGAUCCAGCCUGGCGUGCCUGCAGCAGAUCCACAGCCCGACAGCACAUCUCCCGUGGUGUCCCCCCACCAGUCCCCACCGACGUCGCCCCAAGCCUGGAGGAAGCACAAGCGGCAGGCCAGCGGCGGAAACGUGGAGAGGCAGCCAGUGGUGGGCAACGUGUGGCCGCACUUCAGAGAAGCACAAUCAGGUCCCGUGGCUGGUGAUGGUAUGUGGUCCGGCCACUCCCCUCCUCCGGUUCAGGAAUCCUGGGAGAGCACAACAAUUCGGACAGUGGCGUCCUCGGCUGCAACCAACGAGAUCCAAAGACAAACCAGCGGCUAUGACGACCCCUGGAAGAUUACGGACGAACAGAGACAGUAUUACAUCAAUCAGUUCAAGACCAUCCAGCCAGACCUCACAGGAUUCAUUCCCGGUUCUGCAGCUAAAGAGUUUUUCACAAAAUCAAAGCUGCCUAUUCUAGAAUUGUCUCAUAUUUGGGAGUUGUCGGAUUUCGAUAAAGAUGGCGCGCUGACACUGGACGAAUUCUGUGCUGCCUUCCAUCUGGUGGUUGCUCGGAAAAACGGUUACGACCUCCCCGAGAAGCUUCCAGAAAGUCUCAUGCCAAAGCUCAUCGACCUGGAUGACUCAGCCGAAGUCACGGAAGCUGCUCAUGAUGUGGUAUACUCGGGCUCACCUGUGGAGGUCACCCCCAACAAGUCCCCCUCCAUGCCUUCCCUCAACCAGAACUGGCCAGACAUCAACCAGAGCAACGAGCAGUGGGAGACUUUUAGCGAGCGCUCGUCCAGCUCACAAACUCUGACCCAAUUUGAUUCUAACAUUGCACCAGCUGACCCUGAUACAGCCAUAGUCCACCCCGUCCCCAUCCGCAUGACCCCCAGCAAGAUCCACAUGCAGGAGAUGGAGCUCAAGAGAGCAGGAAGUGACACGAAUCCGACCAGCCCUCUCCUGGCCCAACCCCCUGAGCUCUCUGAGGAGAAUAAACUACCAGCUUCAAUUAAAUUUCCUGGUAACGCUGUAGGUGACGGCUAUAGUAGUUCAGAUUCAUAUACAUCAGACCAAGAACCAAUGGCCAGUGUUGUAACGCGUCAGAGGUCUCAUUCAGGGACAUCUCCUGAGGGGCUGAAGGUCGUGGCCCCCCCUCCGCCUCCCCCCAGACCCCACGCCUCUCACUCCCGCUCCUCCUCACUAGACAUGAACCGAAACUUCGCCGCCGUGACCUCAGGCCAGCAGCAGCCGGGUGUGGUGGCGUUCCCUCCAGCAGUGCCUCCCAGGCCACAGCCCACGCAGGCUGCUGGUCCUCACAGCCAUCGUCCAGUAGAGGGCGACAGUCUGCCGGCCCUGUGUAGCACGUCCCCCCAACAGAUCCCCGAGCAGCCAAACUUCGCCGACUUCAGCCAGUUCCAGGCCUUCGCUGACCAGCCCACCGAGGACGCAGAGAAUCACGCCGAAAACGCACAGGUGGAGAAAGCUGGAGAGGCAGCAGGUCCCUUGAGGACGGUGAAAUCCGACGGCCAAAGUGAAGAAAGAGCCGCCGCUACUGUGAACUCUGCCAAAGGAGCCAGCGGGCCCCUGGCCCCUCCGCCCAAGCCUGUGCGCCGGAGAUUGAAGUCAGAGGACGAGCUGAGGCCUGAGGUGGAGGAGCAGCCCCCCCCGAAGUCCAGUGUCAUCGCCGCUGUCCUCGCCACGCAGCCUUCCAUUCCACGGUCUGUCGGUAAAGAUAAAAAGGCCAUUCAAGCUUCCAUUAGAAGAAAUAAGGAGACGAAUACAGUCCUGGCCAGACUCAACAGUGAGCUCCAACAGCAGCUAAAGGACUUGCUGGAAGAGAGAAUAUCUUUGGAAGUUCAGCUGGAGCAGCUGAGACCAUUUUCCCAUUUGUAACCCGUUUGUUUCCGGAACAAUCCACAAGAAGUGAUGAAGGGUCAGACAGAACCUCCAGCAGGAUGCACAUGUUCACCCCCAUCUCCGCUGUGUGUAUCUGUGUUUGUGUGUGUGUGUGUGUGUGUGUGCGCGUGUGUGUGUGUGCGUAUAUGAAAAGAAUAACACCUUACUCAGCAUAUACAUCUAUACAAAGACAUAUAGGUGGUGUUGUGGUGUUGCGUUGUUGCGUGUGAACGACAAACAUUGCAUCUGGGAGAAAGCUAACGCAUACAAUCACCAAGAGCAUGGCAUCUCGGGCGGCUUUUGAAGGGUAGGAAUGUUACACAUUUUGGCACUUUCAUGAAGACGAAUAGUCAAUGCAACGACCCGUCAUUGUGGUAGACGUCCAUCCUCUCGGUGCCUGCACCAGAGCCUCGAAGGCCUCGCUUUUACGGCCUUUUGCUGGGUAGCUCGAGAGAGAGAGAGCGAGAGAGGGGUGAGACCUCUGUGUUUUUGUACCAUGAUUCCUUGGGGUACGUUGGAUUAGCAGGAGUGGAGCUGUGGCAAAGGUCUUGGGACUGAGUGAUCUUGUGAGAUCUUUUGACUGACCCAGUGUGAGGAAGGAUAAUCACGACUUAUGGGGAAACACCUGGGGGGGUUUAAGUUUUUUUUUGUUUUUUUUUUUGUUUGUUUUUUAUAAAUCUCUGCUUUAAAACGGGUUGAGUUUAUCUUACAGGCAUAGUCUAAUGGGCUCAAUCAGGUCCAGCAGGCUCAAUUAGGAUCAGUAGUUAUUCCUGUAAGGGGGUAAUGGAUACCAUUGUCAAAGUGGGUCUGAUUCUCAAAGAAAAAUGGAUACCAUUGUCUGUUUUGGUUCGAUUCUCUGACUGAGAGGAGAGGCUGUUGGGAGACGAAGGCAUGAGGCGUGAGACUGAUUGUGGCAGGCCAUCUUUCAUUGUCUCACCGUCCUUCAUACAGAGUCAUUGACUGCAUAGGGGCCCGUGUUUCGUGUGAGUAAGUGUGUGUGUUUAUGUGUGUGUGUUCAAGAGGUAGUGUUACAUGUGUACGGAAUCCCCCAACAAAACUCUGCUUCCGAUAAAUAUAUGUAUGUUUUGUUUUUUUUACCCCCCCCCAAGUGCUCUCUGUGAUGUUACAAAGGGUGUAGCCCUCUUGUACAGUCCUUUACCUGAGAUGACUGAUGUCCACCACCCUGACCCACUUCCUCCUCCUCCUCCUCCUACCAUUCUCUUCCUCCAUACAUGCACAUACACGGGAAACGCUGCCUUCUUUAGCAUGGUACAUUAUCAGAGACUCGGCCCGUCCCCAAAAAACGAUGAGCGCCCCCUGUGAACAGACAGUACCUGUAGUCAAAGCGGUGAGACCUGAAACGACUGAACGACUGCACUUUUUUUCUCUCCCUUUUGGCUUUUCAAGCAUUUCACUUUUUUUCUGUUCUGUUUUGUCUUUUUUUUUUCACCCUAACAUUAUUUUUAACUGUGUAUUGUUAAUGCUCUUACCUAGUAUUAAAAAAAAAAAGCUCUUAAAAGCAAACGUAAAAAAAAAAUGGCAAACCACUUUAUUUUGUACUUUAUCUAACUAGUAUGACAUUUUGUGUUCCAUGGAUUUGUAUUACUGUCCCCUUAUUUUUGUUUGUUCGAAAUUUUUUGAAGUUCCUGUUUAUAAUUUUGUUAUUUUAUUAAUUUGUUUUCUUUUUCAUUUGUUUCUUCUCCAGUCCUCAAAGCCUUACUCCUAGCGUUCAGGUGUUCACUUUAUUCAAGAGGCAGGACUAUUGUCUUGGCUGGCCAUAGGUGUUAACAUAAGCAAGAAAAGAAAAAAAAACACCCUGUCUCUACCUUUAACCAACCUUCCCCUCCCUCCCCAAUCCAUUCCCUAUGAACUACGGUGAGCCUUCUUCCCUGCUGUCUGGUCGGUUGUACUGUAAUAAAGGGGCCUGUUGUAUAUUGUAUAUGAUACACACCUUUUGAUCUCAUAUGUAAAUUUGCAUUAAUUGCUGACUAACAGCAACAAAAAAUAUUAUAUUUAAUUGCUUAUAUUAUGGCGGUGGGAUCAUAGAUGUUUAACUGCAUGGACCUAUCCCUGCAGAAUGAACUAGCAACUGUGUGAUUUUUACACAAAAUAAAAAUGGCACAAUAUUUUAA